ACGUUUAAUUAACAAUCCCCUAAAGCACUUAAGUGGAGAUACAUUUUUUAAUAAUUAUCAUUUGGAGGCUUUAUCUUUAAGCCAUACCCCCUUGAGAAUAGAAAGUUCUUUUAUGCAAUGGUUAAAUAUUUCCUAUUUAAAUUUGACUGGCAUACGUUUCGAUAUGAUCGAAUUCGAUUCGUUAAAAGUAAUACCCAAUCUGAAAUAUAUAAUCUAUGAUCGUUUUUACUUCUGUUCGAUGACACCAAAUAUACGCAUGUGUAAACCCAAUUCAGAUGGUGUAUCUUCGUUUAAGGAUCUACUGAGUAAACCGGUUUUACGCUAUUCAGCCUGGAUAAUGGCUUUUAUAACGAUUACUGGUAAUGUAAUGGUGUUAUGGGGUCGUUUUAUAUAUCGUGAUGAAAAUAUUGCUGUGACAAUGGUUAUACGUAAUUUAGCUAUGGCGGAUAUUUUAAUGGGAUUUUAUUUGUUGACCAUUGGUUUACAGGAUUACCGUUAUAGGGAUAUAUAUAAUACAGUCGCUUUAGAUUGGAUUACCUCCUGGCAUUGUGCCGCCAUAGGCAUCUUAGCAGUCAGUUCAUCAGAAGUGUCUAUGCUCAUAUUGGCGUUUAUGUCGUUGGAGCGUUUUCUUCUAAUAGCAGAUCCCUUCAGAGGACAUCAUCGCAUCAGUUCGAGAAAUAUAUUUAUAGCAUUACUCACCAUUUGGCUAAUGGGUGUGGGUAUAGCGGUGGCUCCUGUUAUACUAUGGCAUUCGAGUUCCAAAUUUUAUGGUGCCUAUUCGGGCACCUGUUUCCCUUUACAUAUACAAGAACCCUAUCCUUUGGGUUGGCAGUAUUCAGCCUUUAUGUUUUUGGGUGUUAAUCUAUUUUUACUCGUAAUGAUUGCUCUUUUAUAUAGCGCUUUAUUAAUCUCAAUAUGGCGUACUCGUAAAGCAACACCACUCUCACUAUUGGAUUGUGAAUUUGCUGUGCGGUUUUUCUUUAUAGUUCUGACAGACGUUCUAUGUUGGGCACCCAUAAUUAUCGUUAAGAUAUGGGUUUUCUUUAAUUACAACAUUUCGGAUGAUAUUUAUGCUUGGUUGGUGGUUUUUAUAUUGCCCUUAAAUUCAGCUGUUAAUCCUCUUUUAUAUACGUUUACAACACCCAAAUAUCGUAAUCAAAUUUUAUCGCGCGGUUGGAAGAAAAUAACCUCACGUCGUCGUCAUGAACCCUCAAAUGGUUUAGCGACAACUAUUGCCACCGCUACGGAUGAAUACAGUGGCAAGGCCAUAGCUUUAGUUGUAUCAAAAUAAAACUAUAAAUUUGGAUAAAAUACAAGAACCCAGGCAGCUCUUUUACGAUUUCUGAUGCAUUCAUUUUUAAGGCAAAAUUGUUAUA